AUGGCGGGUUGUGAAGCAGCUGACGACUCGCAAACUCCAAGUCACAGCCGCAUCCUGUUGGCCCCAGCAGCUCCUCGCGUGCAUGCGCUUGAAGCUAAAGGAGGAACACCCUGGAGGUUCAACAGCUCUUGGCACCUCUUGCAUCGCCAGCAGCGAUUGUCGUCCUGCUGCGAGGUCUGGACCAAGGAGGAGAACACGCGGGUCUUCAAGUCCUUCCUCUCCCACAGCACCGCCGGGACCAGUCAGGUCUGGGAGUCCUCGGUGGCUUGCGCGCUCCUCCUCGCCGCCAUGCCUGCGGGCUGGCUAUCGGAAGCUGGUUCUCUCCUCGAGCUUGGCUCGGGGGUGGGGUUAGGAGGAGGAGCAGCGGCUGAGCUGAGAGACCACCUCGGGUUGGAUCAGAUACUGCUGUCGGACUGUCAGAGCAGCCUCGUUGAGCUGUUGAGGAGGCGGCGAGGUGAAUCGGAGGGAGUGGUAGAGUUGGACUGGAACAAGGAGGAGGAGGUCAAGGCUGCGAGCAGCAUGGCAGAGGGAGUGAUGGCCUGCGAUUGCGUUUAUUACCAUCCUGACAUGCUCGCCUUGCUUCGAGCUGCUGCUCCCGGUGGCCUCCUCCAGCCCAAGCUGGGACUCUUUCUUGCCCCUCAGCAUCGCUCGUGCUUCCAAGAGUUCCGGCGACACCUGCGGAAGAAGGCGGAGGAGGAGGGGCAGCACUGGUGCUCCUUCGAGGUGAAGCUGGAGGGGAGGCACGACUUCCUUCCUCGCCCCAGCGAGACCAUCCUGGGCAGCUUGUCGGGCAGCCUCGACCGUGAGAACAGAACGUCGAUGACGCGCGUGUCCGGCUUCAUGUUCUCCUCCUCCUUCAAGGUCAUCCACGAGCUCAAGACAAGGCUGACGGAGGGAGAUGCUCGCAAUGUCUGA